AGCUGCGCAGCGCGGCCGGGAGGGAGCUCGGCGGCGGCUCCCGCACCCCUCCGGGGGCUCCGCUACGCUUCGGGCCGCUCUUGUGACAAGGACUGGGCUUUCCGCAAGGCUGCUUUUUCGUCUUUUUCUUUUUAAUUUUUUUUUUCAAGUACCUUUUUUUUUUUUUAAUUCUUCCGUUUUGUUUUGGUUUUUUGUUUUGGUUUUUUUUUAAUUCCCUUUUCCUGCGAGAACAGGCCCCCCCCCCACCAUCAGCCCAGCUCCCCGCAGCAGCGCCCGCCGCGGGCCGUAGGCGUGUGUAGCAGAAUCACAGUCAUACAGAGGGAGGGAGAGGCCGGCAGAGACCACCCUGCCCCCGGCGACCCGGAGGAUGCCGCUGCGGUGCCGCUGCUAGAGGACACGCUGGGAUUUAGCUCGGCUCCGAGACUCUCUCUCUCUUUCUCUCCCGCUCUCUCCCUCUCUCCCUUCUCCGCGGAGGGGUCCCGGACGGGGGUGAGGCCCUUCCACCGUCCUCUUCUUCCUCCUCUCCUCCGCGGCCGCGGGCAGCCCCUCUCCAUGAUGCAGGCUCGCUACUCCGUCUCGGACCCCAACGCUUUGGGAGUGGUGCCGUAUUUAAGCGAGCAGAACUACUACCGGGCUGCCGGGACCUACGGCGGCAUGGGCAACCCCAUGAGCGUCUAUUCGGGCCACGCCGAGCAGUACGCGGCGGGCAUGGGGCGCUCCUACGGCCCCUACCACCCGCACCAACCCACCGCCCCCAAGGACCUGGUGAAGCCACCUUACAGCUACAUCGCCCUCAUUACCAUGGCCAUCCAGAACGCCCCCGACAAGAAGAUCACGCUCAAUGGGAUUUACCAGUUCAUCAUGGACCGCUUCCCUUUCUACCGAGAGAACAAGCAGGGCUGGCAGAACAGCAUCCGCCACAACCUCUCGCUCAACGAGUGCUUCGUCAAGGUGCCCCGCGACGACAAGAAGCCGGGCAAGGGCAGCUACUGGACCCUGGACCCCGACUCCUACAACAUGUUCGAGAACGGCAGCUUCCUGCGCCGCCGGAGACGCUUCAAGAAGAAGGAUGUCUCCAAGGAGAAAGAGGAGGCCCGGGAGCGGCUGCUGAAGGAGCAGCCCAAGCCCCCCGGGCUGCCCGGCGCCGACCUCCCCAAGGAAGCCUCCUCCUCCUCUUCCUCUUCCUCCGCCUCGGCGCCGGCCUCCGAGAAGAAGGUGGUGAUCAAGAGCGAGACGGCGUCUCCCGAGCUGCCCGUGAUCACCAAGGUGGAGACGCUGAGCCCGGCCAGCGGCGGGGCCCUGCGGGACAGCCCCCGCAGCGCCGCCUCGCCCCCCGCCGCCGCCGCCUCGCCGGACGCGGCGCUGCCCGAGCAUCACCCGGCCGGCAACGGGCUGCCGGGCUUCAGCGUGGAGAGCAUCAUGACCCUGCGGACUUCCCCCGCGGGCGAGCUGAGCCCGGUGAGUGCCGCCUCGGGCAGGACGGGCGGCGGGCUGGCGCUGGGCUACCCCGCGGGGCAGCCGUCGGGCUACGGCGCGGCGUGCAGCCAGGCGCUGGACACUAGUGGGAGCUACCACUGCAGCAUGCGGGCCAUGAGCCUCUACAGCGGCGACAGGCCCGCGCACAUGUGCGCUCCGCUGGAGGACGGGCUGGCCGAGCAUCCCACCGGCGCCCCGUCGCCGCUGGGCACGCUGAGCCUGCCCGCGGGGCAGGACGGAGCGCUGGGCACCGGGCAUCCCCACGGCGGCGGAGGAGGAGGAGGAGGGAGCGGAGGGGCGGCGGCGGGGGGACAGCCCGCGGCUUCUUGGUACCUGAACCACGGCGCUGAGCUGAGCCACCUGCCCGGGCACACUUUCGGCUCUCAGCAGCAGACUUUUCCCAACGUGCGGGAAAUGUUCACGUCGCACCGGCUGGGCAUGGAGAGCGCGGCGCUGAGCGAGCACCAGGUGAGCAGCAACUCCGCCUGUCAGAUCCCCUACAGAUCCGCGCCCUCCCUAUAUCGCCACGCCGCCCCCUACUCCUACGACUGCACUAAGUACUGAGUAGCCGCCAGUAACCCCCGCUUAGGCCCGUUUAAAAAAAUAAAAUUAUUAUUAUUAAUAAUAAUUAUUAAAAAAAAAAAAGAUCGGGAGAAAUAAACCCACGGCAAUAAAACCAAAUCUGACAGCUUCCCCGUGGACUUUGCGGCCACAGAGUUUGAAGAUCCCAAAAAGCCUCGGUUUUGGGCUUCCUUAAAUUUCGGACAAGUAGAUUUUACUUGAAAAAAAAGGGGGAUCUUUCAUUUGAAAAAGAAAAAAAAAAAAAAGAAAGAAAAGGUUAAAAAAAUUAUAUAUAUAUAUGUCUAUCUAAAAGUGGCAAAUUUUAUAUGCUAAAGUAUAGGGGGUCUCAGAAAAAUAAGUUAUGGACCAAUAUCACAACGACCAUUUAUACGUUUUAAAAGGAAAAAAAAAAAGUUUAUAAAUAUAUAUAUAAAUAUAUGUCCUGGGUAUUUUUUGAGUUCUCUGUUGUGCUGUAAAAAAUAUGUGGAUUUCUAAUCAGGCUGAUUUUCAGAGCCAUUAAUAUAAUAUUUAAAGUUGAGUUCACUGGAUUAUUUUUGUCUCGCCCAACGGUUCCUAACUUCCAAAUUCAUGACAAGUGAUUUCUUCUUCUUUUUCUUCUGUGUACAAUUAUGCAAUAGAUUUUCUUUCGUUUUAGAGCUGUUCUUUUUGCAAGACGAGGAAAUAAUUUAUUUUUUGCUGGUGGAUUUUUUUUUUAAGGAAAAAAAAAUAGACAAAGUAUCUGAUACUUUUUUAUUAUUAUUUACGACGUGUGAUGUUUUGUAUAAUAGAUUUCACCUUUACCAUUCCUAAGGACUAUUUGCUUUAACCUGCUUCAAAGUUCGUUUGUUUUAUGUGGUCCUAAUUGUUGUACUUACCUUAAAAUAAAUCCAUGCUGGUUUUUUCUGCUCCAA